CGCGGGAGGGACAAGAUGGCGGGCGGAGGCGGCGGCGGAGGCAGUGGCGGCGGCGGCGGGGUGUCGGUGUCGGCCCUGUGGAGCGAGGUGAACCGCUACGGACAGAACGGCGACUUCCCGCGCGCCCUCAAGACGGUCAACAAGAUUCUGCAGACCAGCAAGGACGACGUGACCGCCAUCCAUUGUAAAGUGGUGUGCCUUAUCCAGAAUGGAGGUUUCAGGGAAGCCCUAAGCAUCAUCAGCUCCCACGCCAAAGUCUUACCCAGUGACUUGGUGUCCUUUGAGAAGGCGUACUGCGAGUACAGGCUGAACCGCAUUGAGCAGGCCCUGAAGACCAUAGAAGGUGCCAGCCAGCAAAGCGAAAAACUCAAGGAGCUCUAUGGCCAAGUGUUGUACAGGCUGGAGCGCUACGAUGACUGCUUGGCCGUGUACCGGGACCUGAUCCGGAACUCCCAGGACGACUACGAGGAGGAGAGAAAGACCAACCUGUCAGCUGUGGUGGCCGCCCAGAGCCAGUGGGAGCAAGUCGCGCCGGAAAACUUGGGAUCGCAGGAGGGCAGCUAUGAGCUGUGCUACAAUGUCGCGUGUGCGCUGAUUGGGCGGGGUCAGCUGAAGCCGGCAAUGAAAGCCUUGCGGCGAGCAGAAGAUCUGUGCCGUCAGUCCCUCUCGGAAGAUUCGGAUGUGACUGAGGAAGACAUCGAGGCGGAGCUGGCCAUCAUUCACGGGCAGAUGGCUUACGUCCUGCAGCUGCAGGGCCGCGCCGAGGAAGCUCUGCAGCUGUACAAUCAGAUCAUAAAGUUAAAGCCAACCGAUGUGGGGCUGCUUGCCGUGAUCGCCAAUAACAUCAUCACCAUUAACAAGGACCAAAACGUCUUUGACUCCAAGAAAAAGGUGAAACUGACCAACGCAGAAGGCGUCGAGCACAAACUUUCGAAGAAACAACUUCAGGCGAUCGAGUUUAAUAAGGCCUUACUGGCCAUGUACACAAAUCAGGCAGAUCAGUGCCACAAGAUAUCAUCCAGCCUGCAGUCCCAGCGGCCGGACCACCUUCUACCUGUGCUCAUCCAAGCCGCCCAGCUGUGCCGAGAGAAGCAGCAGGCAAAGGCAGUUGAGCUCCUGCAGGAAUUUUCGGAGCAGCAUCCAGCCAAUACAGCAGAAAUUAAGCUGACCAUGGCCCAGCUGAAAAUAGCCCAAGGUAAUGUUACCAAAGCAUGUAUAAUUCUGAGGAGUAUAGACGAGUUGAAGCAUAAACCAGGCAUGGUGUCCGCCUUGGUGACCAUGUACAGUCAUGAGGAAGACAUCGACAGCGCCAUCGAGGUCUUCGCCCAAGCCAUCCAGUGGUACCAGGACCACCAGCCAAAAUCUCCAGCUCAUUUGUCCUUGAUGAGAGAAGCGGCCAACUUCAAGCUCAAAUAUGGGAGAAAGAAGGAAGCAAUCAGUGACCUGGAACAGCUGUGGCGGCAAAACCCAAAAGAUGUUCACACAUUGGCCCAGCUGAUCUCUGCGUACUCCCUGGUGGAUCCUGAGAAGGCAAAAGUCCUCAGCAGGCACCUACCCUCCUCGGACAGCAUGUCUCUCAAGGUGGAUGUCGAGGCUCUCGAGAACUCCCACGGUGCCACCUACGUCCGCAAGAAGGGAGGAAAGCUGGCUGCAGAGAAUCCCCUUAAAGAACAGGGGCAGGGGGAUAUAAAGAAGAAGAAGAAAAAAAAGAAGGGAAAACUGCCAAAGAAUUACGACCCUAAAGUCACCCCAGACCCUGAGCGGUGGCUACCCAUGCGCGAGCGGUCUUAUUACCGGGGGAGGAAGAAGGGGAAGAAGAAGGAUCAGAUUGGCAAAGGGACGCAAGGAACCACAGCAGCAGCUUCGUCUGAAUUGGAUGCCAGCAAGACCAUGACCAGCCCGCCCACUUCCCCGCGGUCCGGGAGUGCCGCUGUGUCCUCCUCAACCAGUAACAUCAUCCCCCCGAGGCACCAGAAACCUGCCGGGGCGCCCGCCACCAAGAAAAAGCAGCAGCAGAAAAAGAAAAAGGGAAAAGGGGGCUGGUGACGAGGACCUUCGCGGGACAGUCUGUUUUUAAACUCUUUCCACUGUAAGGCACCAGGAGCGUAAUAAAGGUCGACAGCAAGAAGAAACA